GCUUUUUCUUUUCUUCUUUGAGAAACUUAAUUACAAGAUCAUGGACGUGUCUUCUUUCUUGCUCUUUGAAGCUAUGGGGGAUUCUGAAGAGGAUUGUGAUAUUCAUCAUCAUCCCAUCAUGGGUGAUGAUCAGGGUGACAUUGCUGCUAUGGUAAUGGCAGAUGAUGAUGCAGAGUCAUGCAGCUAUGAUUCCUUUGAUUCUCUUAGAGUUGAUGAUGACCUCGACGAUUGUCAUCAUCUUGAUCUUCUUCAAGCUUCUGUCAAUGAUGAUGAUGAUGAUGAUGAUGAUGAUGAUGAUGAUGGUGAUGAUGAUGAUGAUGACGGUGAUGUUGAUGAUGAUGAUGAUGAUGAUGAUGGGCAUCAUUGGAAGCUAGCUAAAAGCCGUCGGAAAUCAAGUGUUUCUGUUGAUUCAAGUGACGAGUUCAUGGAUGAGGCGGAGAAGAACAGGCUGUUUUGGGAGGCAUGCUUGGCAUCAUAGCCUGACUUUUGUUUUUUUUUUUUAACAAUUUUUUCUAUAUGUUUAUUUCAUAUUAUUCUUUUUCUUUUUUUUCCCUAUAUUUAUUUUUGGGUUUUGAGAGAGAAACGGGGAAGGGGAUGGUGGUGGUUUGUUCAUCGAUCUA